UCUUCAGGAAUGAGCAACGAAAAACAGGUCUGCUUACUGGCAAAGAGAUCAGUGAAGAGAUUGCUAGAACUAAGAAGACUGAUUGGUUAAGGUUUAAAGAGAUGGAUCCUUCUAUAAGUGGUCGAGGUGCGGAACCUGUAUAUCGUGAUAAGAUAAAAGGGGAAUGCAUAUUGAAGGAAGCUUUUUGAAGUCAAGGCAGAAAGUAAAUGUAGAAGAGAAGCCCAAGGAGAAGAAGUUGGAAUGGGGGAAGGGCUUGACUCAAAAGCGGGAAGCUGAAGGUAAGCUGCAGGAAUUGGAACUUGAGAAGGAAAAACCAUUUGCACGAACCAGGGAUGAUCCAGAACUAUACAACAUGCUGAAGGAGAGAUUAAGAUGGGGUGAUCCCAUGGCGCAUUUGGUGAAGAAAAAGCAUCCUGAAAUGGUUCUCCCAAACCUAGGGGAUAGUGAGGAGACGAAGGAAUCGUUUGUUGUUCCUCAGGACAUUCCUGUCCACAGCUGGUUAAAAAGAGGAUUAGAUGCUGCACUAAAUCAAUAUGGCAUAAGACCAGGAAGACAUUGGGAUGGAGUUGAACGUAGUAACGGAUUUGAGAAGGGAUUGUUUAAAAGGACGGAUGAGAGACGAGCUACAGAAACAGAAGCAAACCUGUGGUCUGUCUCUGACAUGUGACUUGAGUCUUGACAGCGUAUGGACUGUGUAAGAAGAUUCCAAUGGGCUUUCUAUGUGUUUUUGGAAAGGCAACGAGGCGCCCGACUUAAAGCAACUUCAAAAGAGUUAAUUGGUUGUGGUGGUGAGUGGUUGGCGUCCUGAAUUGCUAAACAGCAUUAUGUUUGCAUUGCCAGUGAAGUUUCUGUGGUAUUAGUCCAGGUAAUUUUUGUUGCCUGCUCUGUGGAUUACACCACAAUUUUAUAAAGCAUGCAGACUCGAAGGUUUUAUGCUUUUCAGUGAGAUGGCCUCUCUUAUUGUGGGUGGUCUGUUGCCAAGCAAGCCUAUAUGGUUUUGGCUUUGGCAGCUGUGACCACCUCCCUUUUAGCUUUUCCUUCCAUUGCAUGUGAUCUAUAUUGAUGUUUUAGAAUGUAAAAUGGUUAAAAACUGGAAGAUGGUCACUUGACUGCUGCUAAUUUGUUGCUGCUUGGAGUGAUAGUGACUGUGAUUAGGAAUUGCAAUAUAGCAGUUAUACAAUAUGGGAAAUUCUGCAUGAAGUCUGAUUAUAUGAUAAGUUCAACAAUUC